GGGGAGCCGCUGAGGGCCUGAGGCCGGGGGCUCGUCGGGGCCGCCCGGGGCAUGCUGCCGUCGGCCCCGCACUAUGUGGUACAUCAUGCAGAGCAUCCAGAGCAAGUACUCGCUGUCGGAGCGGCUCAUCCGCACCAUCGCCGCCAUCCGCUCCUUCCCGCGGGACAACGUGGAGGAUCUCAUAGGCAGGGGUGCAGAUGUGAACUGCAUGCACGGGACGCUGAAGCCGCUGCACUGCGCCUGCAUGGUGGCUGAUGCCGACUGCGUCGAGCUCCUGCUGCAGAAGGGAGCAGAGGUGAACGCUCUGGAUGGCUACAACCGCACAGCCCUUCACUACGCGGCGGAGAAGGACGAAACGUGCGUGGAAAUCCUCUUGGAAUACGGCGCCAACCCCAACGCCCUGGACGGGAACAAGGACACCCCCCUGCAUUGGGCGGCCUUCAAGAACAACGCGGAGUGCGUGCGGGCGCUGCUGGAGAACGGCGCCCUGGUCAACGCCCGUGACUACAACAACGACACCCCCCUGAGCUGGGCCGCCAUGAAGGGCAACCUGGAGAGCGUCAGCGUCCUGCUCGACUUCGGCGCCGAGGUCCGCGUGGUCAACCUCAAAGGGCAAAGCCCCAUCUCCCGUCUGGUGGCGUUGCUGGUGCGGGGCUUGGGGACGGAGCGGGAGGAUUCCUGCUUCGAUCUUCUCCAUCGCGCCAUCGGACACUUUGAGCUGAGGAAGAACGGGAGCAUGCCCUGGGAGGUGACCAGGGACCAGCAGCUCUGCCAGAAGCUCACCCUGCUCUGCUCGGCCCCGGGGACACUGCAGACGCUGUCGCGUUACGCCGUGCGCCGCAGCCUGGGCGUGCGGUUCCUGCCGGAGGCCGUGAAGCAGCUGCCUCUGCCCACCUGCCUCAAGGAGUACGUGCUGCUGCUCAGCUAAGCCAAGGACGGGGCGCCGGGAGGAUGAAGGACGAGGAUGGUUUGGGAUUCGUGGGUGCUGCAUUCCCCUCCCCACUCACUGGUGGUCAGCCUGCUCUGCCCAGCAGGGAGCCAGCCGUGCUGCUGUGCCCUCAGCGCCUGCUCGGCGGCUCCUGCCACGCUCUCCCUUCUUGAGAUGAACUGACCCCUUUUCAUGGCAGAUUACACCCCAGCUGAUGAAUUAACCUGGCUUUUCCCCUCUGUUUUUUUUUUGCCCUGGGGAAAGGAAAGCUUUCUAGGCAUGAGGAGAGCAGGGAGAGCCUCCUUUGGAGGCAGGAACGCAAGAGGAGGUGUUCUCAGGCCCACAGAAUCCUGUGGGACGUGGAUUAAGCCUCCUUAAAUGUAUGUAGUGAACCUGUGUGCAGCCAGCACCUUCGCUCACCGCUUGGACCCACACAUGGCAACAACGCCCUGCAGAUGGGAAGAGCUUGUGUGUCCUCAUCCCCUCAAUGCCUGGAAAUGUGUUUUUCCCUUCUUAUCUCUAAGAUGUGUCACUGCUGGAGAGGGGAAGAGGGUGGGAGCACCCCAAAAGCCAACACUUGGCUUCCUGCUCCAGAGUAGCUCCACUCGGAGCUGGGGAUGCUCCAUGCACCUGAGCAGGGGGUCUCCCCCCAUCUGCCAACACCAUAACCCCCCCAAGCCCCUCCUUAGCUUUGGUUUUCACCAUUAACUCACUGUUGUUGAUUUUAUGUGUGUGUGUGUGUGUAUGGACUUCAGGAGGAGGAGUGAGGAUGUGCUGGCAGGGGGCACCGGGCAGGACCCCCGCGGGCAGCACCCAUUCUCCCUUUGCUCCGUCAUGUAUCCAUGGAAAUAAACUUUGGAAAGUG